GCCUGCCAAGCCAGCAGCGGCUCUGCAGCAGCACAAGCGCGGCGGAAGAGCGACUAGCCAGGCGCGCUGGUAGCCGCGCGCGCGUUGACGCCUGAUUGCAAACACAGACUUUACUCGACCCCCCGCCACCCUUUUCCUUGGUCUUUUGGCCAGCAAACUCUUAAGCUGGGAUAAGUAACCAUUGCACCGACAGCAGCAACCUUAAAUACAUUGGCUACCAACAUCGGAUGUACAGUUUUGUUUUGCUUUUUAAAAACAGUUGAUCCAGUCUCCCGCCCCUACUGUAAUACUUCCAGCGCUGUUUUGCGACGUCCCCCGAUUUUUGUUGUUUUUUUCAUUUCUGCAUUAAAAUCAAGAAACUGCAAAAAUGCCGGCUGAUACUAUGGAGAAGCCUACUGCCUCCCCGAUUGCGGGUGCCCCGGCCAGUGCCAGCCAGACCCCCGAUAAACCCAAGAGCGCCAGCGAACACAGAAAGGUAAUUUCCCUCAUCUUCUCCCCACCCCGCAAAAAUAUAUUGAUUUGGAUUGAUUUUUUUUUUAAUGUAGCUUGCGUACAUGUGUGUGACUGCGCAAAUGGAUCUCUCCUCUCGCCAUCCUUUAGCGAAUCUUACUUAUUACUCCAAAGCUGUUUACGUACCCCGAAUCUCCCCAUAAAAUGUGGGUGUUUGAUCUGCUGGCGUUUUCUAUAUAGGAAGGACCAUCUCCCAAAUAAAUUACUGUGUGUGUGAAAUGAGCAUGUGAAUAUGGUAGCAGCAGGCAAGUGAUGUAUGUUAGAUUUGCGGGGGGGGGGGAUUAGCCUUGUGCCUUUGGGGCAGUGCCUUGACAGGUUUGAGUAUUAUAUGGGGAGGGGUGGGGAACAAUUUUAGGGCAAAGCUGUGGAACAAAGAAUGGGAAGUUACGUUUGUUUACAGAGUUGUUGUGUUGGUAUGAGCAUGGGGGGGGGCAUCUUGAGAAGGCUUGUAGUGGCUGGGAUGGGUGUACAAUCUGAAAAGGGUCUCAAGUCGACCCAACUACCUGGAGUAGCUUACUAAGUAACUAAAGCUAUGCAUGUUGCAGUUAGCAGUAGCAUUCAAAGUUGUUAUUGUGCUCGUAGACAGGAAGAGAGAUAAGAGCGCUUAUCUGAUGCCCACCUAAAUUUCUACCACUUCUCUGUGUUCCCCUCAGUCUUCCAAACCAAUCAUGGAGAAACGACGCCGUGCCAGGAUUAACGAAAGCUUGGGCCAGCUCAAGACUCUCAUUCUGGAUGCUCUGAAGAAAGAUGUAAGUUUUGAUUCAAGGGGGCAACAGUUAUAUUUGGAGAAUUCCUUUUGGGGGGGGUGAACUGCAUGUACCCGAGUUCUCUACCCCACCCUGGAAAGGACCCUUUUGAUUCUCCUACUGAUAUUUAGCUACCUGGUCGACUUAUAGCCAUUGUGGGAGGGGGAGAGAUAAGCGAGAGGCGAAUUGGUCCCAGAUGGCCAGAUGCAGCAAAGUUUUUAAGAUAUGGGGGAAGGGACUCCUUAGGUUAUUAUUCCUUGUUGCCUUGCCUCCCACAAAUGGAAUAAACUUGCUCAUCAUGCUUGUUUGCUUUCUACAGAGCUCCCGGCACUCAAAGCUGGAGAAAGCAGAUAUUCUGGAAAUGACAGUAAAGCACCUGCGGAACCUGCAAAGGGCCCAGAUGACAGGUGAGUGGCAACCUUCCUACCGGCAGAUUUGGGUGGGCUGCAAAUGGGGUGGGGGGUGGAGAUGGGGAUUCAAUUCGGAACUGAAUUGAAUGUUUCUCCCUGACUCCUGGCUAUCCUGCUUGACAACCUUGCAAUCUGAUGCACGUAAAAUAAAGCCUGGCGAUUUGGCUGGCCUCCCUCCUUUCCUGACCCCUUUCCAGUUAAUCUGCUUAGCACAUUUGUACACAUAGAAAGCAGCCUUAUGCUGAGUCAGAGCACUGAUCCCUGUAUCUCAGCACUGUCUACAAGGACAGGCAGCGUCUCUCCAAGCUUUCAGGCAGGGAAUCCUUCCCAGCCCUACCUGAGGAUGCCAUUGAGGGCAGAGUCUGGGACCUUCUACACACAAAACACUACGGCCCUCCUUGGCCCACACACUGCCCUUGCCUCCAGAACAUCUGAUAGCCCCUUUUUUAAAAAAACAAAAACCCUCACAGCAAACCUGUGAGGUAGGUAGAUUGUCUUGGACCACCCAAAUGUGUUUUGUGGCUCAGCAAGGAUUUUGAACCCCUGCCCUUCCAGUCCUGUAUUUCAUCACACUCCCCUCCAGAAGGGAUUUAUCCAAAGCCACACAAGAAGCUUCAUGGCUGAGCACCAUGAGGGGUUUGAACCCAGCUCUUCCGUCACCAAAUCCAGGUUGAGAUACCCUGACCUGCAAUUCAGCCAAUCCCCAUAAGCUUAAAUGCACAGAUAUAAUUAGCUGUUGAGGAGCAAUUUCGGAGCUGGCAUGCAGCUGUUCACAUAAGAGAGGAAAGGAAAGGAAGCUGCGUCUGCUGAACUCAAAAGGCUUUGAAAGAUCCAAGCCGGCUAACCCUUCUCCUCCUUGUCUCUUUCCCCUUCUCUGCAGCAGCCCUGAGUGCUGAUCCUACCGUCCUAGGCAAAUACCGGGCAGGAUUUAACGAGUGCAUGAACGAAGUGACUCGCUUCCUGUCCACCUGCGAAGGAGUCAACACGGAUGUCCGCGGCCGGCUGCUGGGCCACCUCUCCACCUGCCUGAGUCAGAUCGUGGCCAUGAAUUACCCUGCGCCCCCACCGCCCCCACCACCUCCAGCCGCAAGUGGACAGCCUGCCCAUCUGGCUCAACCUCUGCAUGUCCAGUUGCCAGGACCUGCUGGAGGACCUGGGGGGAUGCCAGUGCCUUGCAAACUGAACCCUGCGGAAACCUUGUCUCCGAAGGUCUACGGGGGCUUUCAGCUGGUGCCGGCAACUGAGGGCCAGUUUGCUUUCCUCAUCCCGAACCCCGCCUUCCCGCCUGGCUCAGGGCCAGUGAUUCCUCUCUACGCCAACGCAAACAUGCCAGUCUCUUCUGGCAGUUCGACAGCAACUCCUUCCGUCUCCCCAGUGCAGGGGCUCACAUCCUUCGGGGGAAGCUUAGCGCCAGUCUCCCAAGCUGGUGGGGAGCGCAGUGAAGCUGUCUGGAGGCCUUGGUGAUUCUCUCUUCUGAAAGCAGACACCAUCUUCUGCUCCCGCUUCCUAACCCCCACCCCUGCACAAAAGGACUUGAAUUUGGUUCCGUUGUAUGGAACCUGGACUUUGGUUUUUGUGUUAAAUGCACCCCACCCCACAAACUCCUUAUUUAUUCAUUUCCAAAGGUUGGGAAUUCAGUUUGUAUUCUUACACUUUUUUUAAUUAAAAAAAUUGUUUAUGUGAAAUACUUUGGUUUGGUUCUGUUUUUUAAAAAGGAAAAGUCUUACAGCACAAUCCUAUGUGUUCCUACUUUUUAAAAAGAAAAGUAUAAAGUCCCAUUGAUUUCAGAGGACCUUGCUUCCCAGGAAACUGGAUAUAGGAUUACAACAUUAGUUCUGUAUCAAAUAUUCCCAUACUAUGCCAAAGCUUCUUUCUUUUUUUGUGAGUCUGUAUGCCUGAUGUUUUGGUUUGUUUGUUUUUUAAAAAAAUAAAAAAUGUUGGAAAGUAUUUGUACAAAUAAAAAUUUUCUUGAACU